UCUGGUUAGUCGUCAACGUGAUAACCAGCGGUUGCCAGUUUAAAGAACAUGGCUGAAAACAAUGGCUGCAGUUAUUGAGCUAACUCUACGAUUUCUUCGCACUUGUCAACAAAGACAUUAAUAUUGAAGCGGUAAUAAAGUGAAAAAUACAUUAUAGUUAAAAGUAUAUAAUAUUAUGGCAACUGCUAUUCAAAAAAAUAGCAUGAAACCUUUAACAAAUAGAUCUUUAAAUCAUGUAGAAAAUGUUGACAAUUUAAAUAACAGUGAUAUAUGUACUGAAACGAAAGAUAAUGGACUCUUUAAAGAAGAAAUUGAAACAUGUAUGACUGAAUCUGAACAAGAAACACCUGAGCUUGAUAUUGUUAUUAAUAAUGUAGUUUGUAGCUUUAGUGUAAGGUGUCAUCUUAACUUAAGAGAAAUUGCACUUAAUGGCUCAAAUGUUGAAUACAGAAGAGAAAAUGGAAUGAUCACAAUGAAAUUACGAAGACCAUAUACCACUGCUUCUAUCUGGUCUUCAGGAAAAGUGACUUGCACGGGUGCAACUAGUGAAGCUGAAGCAAAAGUAGCAGCACGUCGAUUUGCACGUUCCCUUCAAAAACUGGGCUUUAAGGCACGGUUUCAUAAUUACAGGGUGGUUAAUGUGUUAGGUACAUGCUGUAUGCCAUUUGAUAUCAAAAUAACAUCGUUUUCAAUAUGUCAUAAAGAAAAUGCAGAUUAUGAACCAGAAUUACAUCCUGGUGUAACAUAUAAAUUAAAAGAACCAAAAGCAACGUUAAAAAUAUUUUCUACUGGAAGUGUUACAGUAACAGCUCCUAAUGUUGCUGCUGUCCAAGCAGCAAUAGAAUAUAUCUAUCCACUAGUCUAUGAAUUCCGCAAAGAACGUUCAGUAGAAGAUAAGUUGGCAUUGGAAACAAAAAAGCGCAGACUAAGUAGUAGGAAGAGAAAUCGGGAAGAGUUCCUACGUGACACAGAUCUAUUAUAUGAUCCUAUGUUCUCCCCAUCUUCAUCUUCUGUCGAUGAAGAAGGUGACAGUGAUGCCAGUUGGGACUGAACUAUUUAUCUUAUUAUUUUUUUGUUGAGUAUAAAACAAUCAUGUGUAUAUUUCGUUCGAUUAAGAACGAUUACAAGUUGCACUGAACAAUUGCUGCUGCUAAGAGUGAAGUGAUGCAUAAUUCAUUUUCUUAGUGUCUGACAAGUGCGUGAGUGUCAAAGACAAUAGUGUACAUUUAUGUGCACUUUAAUUUAUAAUUAUCUUUGCACGUAUCAAUCUGACUGACUUAUGUUUUUAAAAUUACAUCCCUCAUAUUUUCAUUCUACGACAACAUAUUUAGGUAUAAACAUCUUUCCUAGGCAUACAUGGAACAUAUGUCAUUCUUAUGUAUACUAUCAUUCAUUUUUGAAAAGAAUAUUUGGGAUGUAUUUAGUAAUAUUUCUGACAAGACUUAGUUUAUAUAAGGGAUCACUCGUUUGUAUUUAUGUUUUUAUGAAUUAUAAAAAUUAAAAUUAGGUAAUAGAAAAAAUAUACAUAAAUACGUUCUAAUGAUUCAGGUUGCAUCAAGCGGACAAUCUUUGGGCUAUGCAGACAAGUGCCACCAUAAUAAUUGAUUGGUGAUAUGUAUAUUUCUUUUAUUUUUUUGUUCUACUUUUUUUACAUACAGAUUUGUCUGUUUACGUUUAAUGAACGUAUACUGUGCCAAAGAUGGAUGUUCAAAAUUUGAUGAUACAAUUGAAAAACAUGGAACUACAAAUUUAUUUCACUGCUGUAACAUUUAGCUUUUUCAUUAAUAUAGUCUGCUUUAAUGGAUAUGAUAGUAUUUUAAUAUAAUAAUCUAUAUUUUGCGGAUGUUUCUAGAAAGAGUAUAUAAUAUCGUUGAUUCGUCAGACUGUAUCAAGCAAAAAUACUAUAUAUAUUUAAGUUUGUAUAAUCAACAUUAAUAAUAGCCCAUUCUCGAUCAAACACAUGACAGAUUUAUUUAAUACAUUCAGAUCAAACAGUUAUCUACAAUGUACCAUUGCUAUCAUUAUCCUAUAAUUAUAUAGGAUAUGAAUAUAGAUCAAUGACAUUCUCAACUGUUAACUCACUGACACUCAUGUGUUAAUUAUUUUGUAUAUGAAAAUUAGUGUUACUAUAUUAUUAGGCAGUAUUAAGAUAAGUUCGUCAAUAAUUAUGAUAAGGACUGCAAACUUAUGAAGUAUCACAAAUAAUUCUAGGCAAUAACAAAUACCAUAAAUUGUGAUUUCAUAAGUCCAAAUGCAUAUUAUUUAUGUGUAUCUAUACAGAUGACCAUGGAUCAAAAAAAAAUUCUUAGUUCUUACUAAAAUACUCUCUAAAUUUUUUAAAUUGUAUGGUGAACAUUUUAGUAGCAAUGUACCAAAGUUACAAGAAAUAUCAAAAAUUAAAUGAUAAGAUACUUGGAAUAAAUGGCAACUGGAAGAUCUGAUAGUAUAAUAAAUAAAUAAUUGCAAGAAUAGGAAUAACAAGUAAAAAAUUAAAAAUAUGGGAUGUGUAUGUGUAUAAGAAGUCUGUCAAAAUAAACAAAUUCUCUCUAGAAUAAAUAUUUCGCAAAAUGCUACUUUAGAAUGUUUGAACGAACGUGGGCUGCUUUGCAUUGAUAAUAUUACUAUAUCAGGAUUUUUUUUUCUUUUUUUUUUUUAAUUCGAACAUUACAGAAUUUGCCAUUUACAAUAAAAAAAAAACGACUAAAGGCUUAAUAUUCACUUGCUGCCUCAUUUAUUCUUGCUCGUAAAAAUAAUAUGGUUGUUGGUGUUAGCUAAUGCACAGCAUAAAGAAACUAUAAAAACGAAGUUUAUAAAAAGUGCAUAUAUCAUUUUUUAAUCAAAAGCAAAAUAAUAUAAAGUUUCUCAUGAAAGUGAUGAAAGAGAAUUUGUGCUCUUGCAAUUUCUAUAUACAGAACUAUAAUAAUUAUAUAACUUGCAUAUAUAUAUAUAUAUAUGUGUAUCUGAUUUUUCAGAAUAUGUGUGAAAAAUAUAAACCAUACAGUAUCAAUAUUACUUACAAUCAACUUAUAUUGUUUAUAUAAAGUUAUUUAUAUUUUGGGAAUGCCAGCACUUGUUAAAGUAUCUAUUACAAUUGUUAAUUUGCAGUUCUUUAUAAUUUGAAAGUUUUUAUGAUAUAGUACGUGCAUUUGAAAUACAUUAUAUUAAUAGAUAUUUAUAUAUUCAAAAAAUUCAGAAUACAGAAAGACCUUAUUCUCUUUAAAAUUUCUUUAUUAUGAACUAACAACACAUUAUUUAUCAACAAAUAAGAUAUACGAACAAAUUAUUAGAUAUAAUUAGAAUUAUAAUUGUGAGUGAUCCCCAUAUAAUAUUACAAAUUAUGAUGAUUUUUUAUGUUGUCAUAUAGCUAGCACAUGGUCAAAUAUUGUCGAUGAUCUGGAAUGAUGUUUAAACUAAUGUUUUGAAGAAGUUCAUUUCAUUUUUAUAAUUUUUUUCAUACAUUAAUUUUAUCCAAAAAAAAAUUAUAAUUUUAAUGCUUGAAUUGUCAAGCAAAAGUCACUGCCUAUUAUACAAAAGUUUCAGUAGAAAUUGAACACUUUGAAUGUAAUUGAGUACAUGUAAAAUUUCUUUCUUUUUUGUUCAUAAUAUAAGACAUUUCAUUAUC